AUGGGAAAGGGUGCGUUGAAAUUCCACGGAAAGUCUGGAAUUUUGCCAAAGCCAAGGCAGAUAUUCAAACAGCCAUACAAACAUGAGGUUUAUGUAAAGCCACGUGAUACAGGAUAUGCAGACGGCAUAUUACAUCCAAAAGGAACGACGCGUGACUUGAUACGUCCCAAGGUUAUCACACCAGAAAUGCUUUUGAAAAGAACUGCGGCACAGCCGAAAAAAAGCUAUGAAAACGAUGAAUUGAAAAAGAUGCCCGAGGCCCAGAGAUACAAAUUGAAAAAUGCCGAGCUGAGAAGAAAGUUCUUGAAGGAUUCGUAUGAUGCGGAGGUCAAGAGAAUGGAAAAACUCGAGGCACACCAAAAAAAGCUUACAGAAGAAAGGAAGAAAGUGGCAGAGAAAGCACAACAACAUGAAAAGUCGAAAGCUGAGCUUUACACAACACCAACUGUGGAAAGCAUUCUUAAAGGUCCAAUGGUGAAGCCAAGAACUGAAGCACAGAGAGAGGCAUUGGGGUUGAAGCGGAAGGCGAACAGAACAAUGCAAAGAAUGGAGGUUAAGGAGCACAAAGCAGAGAAACUCAUGGAAUUAUACAAUGAGUCGAGUAAGUUUGCGAUUACGGAACCUAAACUCCAACUUUUAGUGGACGAAGCAUUUAGUGACAGGAAGCUGAAGGAGAUCAAAAACUUGCUUUCCAUCAGUCCGGACAGGUUGGGAACUCUUCCAACAUCUGCGGAAUUUGAAAGUGGCUUGAAAGACAUCAUAUUGGGCCAAACCAACAAUGGUCCAUCUUAUGGAGCAGUGGAGGACUCUUUGAGCGGAUAUAACGAUGAGAUACACUCGAUUGCACUGGAAUACAAGGAGAAAAGAAAGGUGCAGCUGGCAAAGGAAGCGGAGGAGAAAAAAAGAAGGCUUCAGCAAUUACAGGAUGAAAUAGUUCGUAGUAGAGAAGAGAAACAAAGCCAGCCACCCGAAAGUGACUGA